UUGUUCUAUGAUCGUCGCGACUGCAAUCAGCCGCGUUUGGUUGCGCUAAGCUCGUACUUGUUGCACGUUCACGUGCUCGUUCUACAUUUUUCCAAAGGAAAAACCACAAGAUUCUAUCAUAAGAGUGCAUAUAUACCUACGGAUAAAAAUGGCCAACUAUCAUAAGCCGGAAUUGAAGACUAUCCAAGAGUUGAGGGACAUCGCGAACAAACUGAGAAUUCAUUCUGUCGAGGCCACGCAAGCCAGUAAAUCCGGGCAUCCGACAUCAUGUUCGUCAAUGGCUGAAAUUAUGUCUGUUCUUUUCUUUCAUACAAUGCGUUAUAAAGUAUCGGCACCACGCGAUCCGAGCAGUGAUAGAUUUAUCCUCAGUAAAGGCCAUGCAGCUCCAAUUCUUUAUGCAGCAUGGGCGGAAGCAGGCUUAUUCCCAUCCAGCGAAUUAUUGAAUUUGAGAAAAUUCGAUAGCGAUCUAGAAGGGCAUCCUACCCCGAGGCUGAAUUUUGUAGAUGUAGGAACCGGUUCACUAGGACAAGGUCUCUCCGUUGCUGCAGGCAUGGCCUAUGUCGGAAAGAAUUAUGAUAAAGCCAGUUACCGCGUAUAUUGUUUGAUUGGUGACGGAGAAGCGGCAGAAGGUUCGAUCUGGGAAGCUCUUCAUUUUUCGUCCUAUUACAAGUUAGACAAUCUUUGUGCUAUUUUUGACAUCAACCGUCUUGGACAGAGCGAAGCGACUUCGUUGCAGCAUAACAUGGAAGUUUACCGCAAAAGAUUAGAGGCCUUUGGUUUCAAUGCUUUAGUAGUGGAUGGCCACGAUGUGGAAGAAUUGGUUAAGGCCUUCCAUGAAGCACAAAAUACAAAGGGACGCCCCACUGCCAUCUUAGCUAAGACAUUUAAGGGCAAAAGCUUCCCUGAAAUCGAAGAUUUAGAAAACUGGCAUGGCAAACCUCUGGGUAAUAAAGCGAAUGACAUUAUUCAGCAUCUGACUGGACUUUUGAAAAAUUCUGGUCCCCUCGGAUUGCAUCCACAAAAACCGCUUGUAGAUGAUGCUCCUGUUGUGGAUAUCAGCAACAUUACAUUAGCUUCACCUCCAAAUUACAAAAUGGGUGAACAAGUAGCUACUAGAUUGGCUUAUGGCACGGCUCUUGCGAAGUUGGCGAAGAAUAAUCCUCGUGUUAUAGCCCUGGACGGCGAUACGAAGAAUUCCACGUAUGCCGAAAAAAUAAAGGCAGUCGAUCCAGCUAGAUUUAUCGAGGGUUUCAUUGCCGAACAGAACGUCGUGGGAGUUGCGAUUGGUGCCGCUUGCAGAGAUCGUACCGUCGCGUUCGUGUCCGCUUUUGCAACAUUCUUUACACGUGCCUUUGAUCAAAUUCGUAUGGGUGCGAUAUCUCAGACGAACGUAAACUUCGUCGGUUCGCACUGCGGCGUGUCUAUCGGGGAGGAUGGACCUUCGCAGAUGGGCCUGGAGGACAUCGCGAUGUUCCGCGCGAUCCCGAAUUCCACCGUUUUUUAUCCGAGCGAUGCCGUGUCGACGGAACGCGCUGUGGAACUGGCAGCCAACACCAAGGGUAUCUGCUUCAUCCGCACUUCUCGUCCAGCUACGGCGGUUCUGUACAAGAACGAUGAGCCGCUGAGCAUUGGUAAAGCUAAAGUGAUCAAGUCUUCUGCGAACGAUCAAGCUCUCGUGAUCGGCGCUGGUGUAACGUUACACGAGGGGAUCAAAGCUGCCGAUGAAUUGGCCAAAGUUGGAAUCAACGUUCGCGUGAUCGACCCAUUCACGGUUAAACCUAUCGAUGCGCAAACGAUAAUCAAAAAUGCAAAGGAGACCGGUGGCAGAAUCGUCACCGUCGAGGAUCAUUAUUCUCAGGGAGGUUUAGGAGAGGCGGUUCAAUCCGCUGUUGCUUUGGAAAGAAAUGUAAUAGUGAAAAAGCUGGCGGUACCGAAUGUACCGCGUUCUGGUCCACCAACAGUGCUGCUCGAAAAUUAUGGCAUUAGUGCUCGUAAUAUCGUUGCAGCGGUGCAGGAAAUCUUGAAAUAUUAGCUUUGAACAUCGCUGGUUAGAUCGAUGAGGAGCUGUACACGUACAAAUUUAAUAUUCUAUUUUUUGAAAGCACAAAUCUCAUUGAUGGAGUAACGUGAUGAAACAUUCCUUUUUCUUUAAGAUGGCUAUAAAAUAUAAAGCAAUAGUUAAAACUAAUAUAAUUUUCAUAAGGCUCAAUUUUUUCGAUACUAGUGAAGUAAGUGUCUACAAUAUUAAAAUCUAAUCUUUGUAAGUAAUUUCGAGUCCUGCUCUGAAAAGUAAAGUUAAAUAUUAUCAGCCAAAGCAUUUAUUUCCAACAAAUAAAUAAGCUCAUUAUAUUGAAAGGAAAACAGUAAAUUUAUAUAUGAAAAAAAAUGAAUAUUU